CCCGGUUUGGCGUUCCGGCCCCGACUCUCCCUCUCCGAUCCGUUACUUGACGCAUCGUUCCUCUGCUCCUCCCCGCUCCAGUCCACACUUAAUCACCGCCGCUGCUGUGACGCGCGGGUGCUCGAUCCCCUCCUUGCAUUUCCAUGCUAUAGCGAUUUCAACUCGCCUCUCCCGCCCCGCGCCGCGCAGCCGCAAGCCCCAUGGACCUCCCCGUCGUGGAUCUCGCGCCGUUCCUCGGGGCCGCCGCCGGCGGGGAGGAGGAGGAGGAGGUGCGCGCGCUGUGUGCGACGGUGAGCGCCAGCCUGCGGGACACGGGGGCGCUGCUGGUGAAGGACCCGCGCUGCUCCGCCGCCGACAACGACCGCUUCCUCGACGUCGUCGAGCGCUACUUCGCCCGAUCCGCGGAGGCCAAGCGCCUCCAGGAACGCCCCCACCUCCACUACCAGGUUGGCGUGACACCAGAAGGGGUGGAGGUUCCUCGCAGCUUGGUUGACAAAGACAUGCAGGAGAAGAUCAGGAGUAUGCCGGAGGAGUCUCAGCCAGCCACCCCUAAAGGGCCAGACCCGAAAUGGCGGUACAUGUGGAGAGUUGGUCCUCGCCCUGCAAAUACCCGCUUCAAGGAGCUGAACUCUGAACCAGUUAUCCCUGAUGGGUUGCCUGAGUGGAAAGAGACAAUGGAUUCCUGGGGUUCUAAAAUGAUUUCUGCAAUUGAGGUCGUUGCUGAAAUGGCUGCAAUUGGGUUCGGCCUGCCAAAGGAUGCAUUUACUUCUUUGAUGAAGGAGGGACCACACCUUCUCGCACCAACUGGAAGUGACCUGGAGCGUCAUGGUUCUGAGGGCACUGUUUUCGCUGGGUUCCAUUAUGAUCUUAAUUUCCUGACUAUACAUGGCCGAAGUAGAUUUCCAGGCCUGAACAUCUGGUUAAGGAAUGGUAAAAAGAUGGAAGUGAAGGUCCCUGUUGGCUGCCUCCUCAUUCAAUCAGGGAAACAGCUGGAAUGGCUUACUGGUGGUGAGUGUUUGGCUGGAAUGCACGAGGUGGUGGUGACAAAGAGAACAUUAGAGGCCAUAGCCUUAGCGAAGGAGCAAAAUAGAAGCUUGUGGCGGGUUUCGUCAACAUUGUUCUCACACAUUGCUUCAGAUGCAAUUCUUAAGCCGCUGGGCCACUUUGCUGAAACACCGAAUGCUGCCUCGUAUCCCCCAAUAUGCGCUGGGGAUUAUGUUGAACAGGAGCUUUCAGUGAUUAACCUGAAAGGAAAGGAUGCGUUAUAGAUUCUAUGCAGCGGACAACCCUGGAUGUCUUAUGACUAACAGAUAUCAGAAUGGGAAAUUAAAUUGUCAAAGCUGACAUUUGUUUCUUUGUUUCCAGAUGCCGCUAUACUGGGGGUGUGCUUCUGUUGUUCCGAAUACACCCUGUUAUGUCCCUGCAAACAAUUGAUUGAUCAUUCAUCUUCAUAAGAUAGUGGAUACCCUAUUCUGUACCGUACUGAUAUUACUUGUGAAAAAUGAAGGAAAAAAAAAGUUUAACUAGCAAA